AUGACCGCCGCCGUCACUCCUUUUCCCCCUUUUCAUGAAGGGAAUAUAAAGAACUGGUUCCUGCAAAUGGAAGCUAUCUUUACAGUCAGAAGGAUUACAGACCAAAAAACAAAGUUUGGCCACGUGGUGGCGGUUUUGCCACCCGCCAUUGUCGACGAAGUAGCAGAUUUCCUAGAAGCCGUUCCUGAAGUAGAGCCCUACGCCCGAUUAAAAGAAGCGAUCUUACGGAGAAUGGGCCGUACGGAGGAAUCAUUAAUCCGGGAACUAUUUAGCAACCUAACUUGCGAUGGCAGGACUCCCUCCCAACUCUUUCGUUAUAUGAAAAGCCGACUCGGCAAAAAUACCAUGGCUGACUCUAUAUUGAAAAGCUUAUGGCUGGACCGUCUCCCCACCACCAUUACACAAAUUUUGGCGCCCAUGUCCGAAAACACCCCGAUCGAUCAAUUAGCGGACGCCGCUGACCGUAUUUUCUCGCAACUGGAUCAUCGGACAACGCCAGUACACAGUGCUGAAGCGACUGGGGACCACAGGUCCUUGGAAAAAACAGUGGAGGAUUUGCAACGCCAAGUUAGAGAUUUAACGUUAGCUAUAGAAAGCCAUGGUCGAAGCCGGUUCCCCUCCCGCCGGCGCUUCAGAAGUCGACCUCGCUCGUCCAGUCGGAACAAGGAUGCCACUUCUACUACGUGUUACUACCACCGACGAUUUGGGUCUGCAGCACACUACUGCACCAAGCCGUGUUCCUAUACUGCGGUCGCGGGAAAACAAAACCGCCAGCGAGUGAAAGUGACUAAUCUCGCUGGCAAGGCAUUUUCACCAAAACUUAGUCGCCUCUUCUAUGUGACGGAUACACGUAAUAAUUUACGUUUUUUGGUUGACACCGGCGCUGCCAUUAGUGUCUUACCUGUGCGUGAUAAAGCACGUAAACAACCUUUCCAGCUCCGCCUACAAGCAGCAAAUGGUUCCAGUAUUAAUACUUACGGUACGAAGUCCCUUAUGCGACGAGACUUUACUUGGAAUUUUACUGUUGCUGACGUCCAGAUGCCGAUAUUAGGUGCCGAUUUCCUGGUGCACUAUGAUCUCGCCGUGCGAAUGAACGACCAUUCCCUGACUGACAACUUAACAAGACUGUGUGUUCUUGGCACUUAUUCUAAACUUACCACCACUGGCAUCACCGUGGCAACGUGCCACAAUAAAGAGUACUUAGACUUAUUGAAUCAGUACCAGGACCUCCUGCGUCCUGCUGGAUCUAUUGAUUCAACUAAACAUCAAACACAGCACUUUAUUAAGACCACUGGUCAACCUGUUUUUACCCGUCCUCGUCGUCUAGCACCUAACAAAUUAAAAUUCGCAAUGAAAGCUUUCGACGACAUGCUACGAGAGGGUGUUAUUCGUCUGUCCGACAGUCCCUACGCUUCCCCUCUUCAUUUGCGGCCUCUUACGCCGGCCUACACAGGCCCAUACCGCGUUCUUAAACGCGCGGACAAAUAUUUCCAAAUACAAAAAGGUAUUCACACCGACAACGUUUCAAUAGAUCGGUUGAAACCUGCCUUUAUAGAGAAACCGUCGUCUCAUACUACUUCCCAAUCAACUCCGCAAGUUCAGGAGAAUUUCAAGACACCUGUCUCUCUCGACAAACCUAAGUAUACCAGCUCCGGUCGAAAAGUCACCUUUCCAAAGAAAUUUGAAACAUUCUACUAUUAUUAG